AUGCCACCUACUCUCGACUUGAGUAGGACGAGACACUCCAAAAUGAUUAUCUCUCCGCCCCGAAUCAACCUGCGGAGGGCAGCCUCCUACCACCACGACAAGGGCCCCCUCUCUGCGACAUCUUCCCGUUUCAACUUCGACCACCUCAUGUUCUCUCCUCCCCCGUCACCAGGCCUACCAUCGCUCUCGCCACCGCUGCGCAAACCGUCCAAAGGAUUCGCGGGAUACGUCCGGCCCAGGAGGGUUGUCCGUUACAUCCUGUACACAUGUGGACUCAGCCCGGUGCUUGCCUUCCUCUCUCGGCCGUAUGACCACUCCCUAGUGUCACGAGCCGACCUACCAGAUCACCCCGCUCCCAUUGUGUUGACCGACUCGCGGGGCAGGACCAGCUGGACAGUUUCGAUACCUCGAGGGUCGGGGUUCCCUCUUACCGCCGAACAGUUUGCGGACGUUUGUGAGAAGUGCCGGGAGACGGCGGAGCGGGUGCAGCAGCAGCGAUCACAGAAAGACAGUAUACAACAAACAUAUCUGGGGUUUCUGUCUGAUACGACGGACUCUCACUUUAUCGACGUGAAGGAGGCCCAGCAGGCUGGGUACCUACCUGCACCCGGAGACCAAGCGCAAAACGCGGUGAGGACUCUAGUUGGGGAAACCGUAGAAGGGGGGAUACCGAAACCUGUCUGCGAGAAAAGCUUGACGUUUGUUCUCGAGUCAGACGAUGCCGGGUUAGGGAAGACUUUGAUGAUGCUUUGGACAGCCUACGGGCUAGCGCAGAAAGAGGGCCGCGCCUUUUUCAUCGACGACAGCCGCUGGGGCUAUGGGAAGUAUAUGGAAAUCUUCCAGGCGCCACCCCGCGAGGACUGCGGACCACCCCCAAGACACGAGAUGCUUCCCUGCCCGCUCGAAGCCCGCCACCUGGUCGUUUCCACCUGGACCGCCAUCGACGUUCUCGGUGAGGCGCUUGUGGGCGGCUCAUCGGACGACCCGCUAGAGCGCCUAGAACCGGCCGCCCAAAAGAAGAUGUUCAACCUCGCCCGCCUCGGCCACGACGCUCUCUUCCGCCUCAAUAAAGACGAUAACGUCUACGUCGACAACCGCGUCCGCGACCUCAUGGCCAGGCGGAUCGUGCCCAAGACCAAAGGAAAACAAAAAGGCCUGGCGAUCGGCAUUCACGUCCGCCGCGGCGACCGACACCCGUUCGAGUUCCAGUACCGCUCUUCCUACAUGCCCAUCAACAUCUACGCCGAAACCGCGCGGGAGAUACUCGAAGACAAAUUCAACCACACGGGCCCGCACGGCGCCGAGGACGCCGUCGCCAAAAAACACAGCCUCAUGAUCCUCGCUUCGGACGACCCCAUGAUCUACCAAGCCUCGGAGCUAAAGGGCGCAACCCUUGCGCAGGAGCGCAUUAAGCUCGCCGCCAAGCAGGAGAUGAAGCAGCCGGAGCUGGACAGGAACGUGAUGCACAAGUUCCACGACGAGGCGUUCGGCUGGGAGGGCGGGUUUUUCUCGGCCAUGUUCUGGAACCUGGGCCAGUCCAGCUCGAGCGCGGACGUGGAGGCUCACAAGAAGAGUCCGUCGGCGGACGCGAUCCGGCUUAGGAGCCUGGUGGGCCGCGCGUACAUGAUGGACUUGGCUGUGUUGGCGGACGCGAGCGAUGUGGUGAUUUGCACGGUCAGUGCGGUGGGGUGUAGGCUGUUGGCGAUCAUGAUGGGCUGGGAGAGCGCGAUGGAGAAGGGGAAUUGGGUGAAUAUUGAUGGGGGGUAUGGGUGGAGGGGCGUUUCUUCGUGA